AUGGACGCAGUUGUUUCUACUAAGUAUGGCAAACGGCCAGUUUUGGACGUUCCACCAUUGAACGCUUACGGUGGUAGAAGUUUAAAGUUCAACAACAGCAUAUCAAGCAUGAUGGACUACAAUACAUCUUCUUUGAUAAAGCAACCACAACAGCCUCCGAUACAAUACGUUCCCCAGCAACAACCCAACACGUACGUGUCGCAACCGCAACAGGUAACACAAUACGUUCCACAAACGCAGCCGCAAUACGUUUCACAACCACAAACGACUCAAUAUGCACCGCAACCCCCGCCACAGACUGUGCCACAACCAUCAACUCAGUAUCCAACGGUUCCGCAACAACCAACAUACCCGCAACCAUCUGGUUACAACCCUUACGCCAGUGCGUACACAGAUCCUAGGGCUGCAGCUACCGCACCACAAUACCCUCCACCAGAUCCCAACUCCUUCAUGGCAGCCAUGAUGAACCAGUUUAACCCAUUUAACCCCACCAAUAUGUUGGCUGCACCCCUAGUCCCACCACCUGUACCCGGUUCGUUUCCACCGCCCCCUCCGAACUACCCACCACCUCCACCUAACUACCCGCCUCCCGAGUUCAACCGCACUUCCUACUCACAACCAACAUAUGGAGCUGCUCCUCCAGCUAUGGCCCAACCAGUUCGUUCGUCGCCGGAUGACAAUUUCUCAAUUGCUGGAAAACUGGAAUUCGGAAAAAUGACAACAGUUCAUGUGGACAGUAUUACAGGAAAUUUCAAACAAUUACCCGAAAUAUUACGUCGAGAGUUAAAACGAACUUAUGGAAGAUAUCCUGAAACAGAUAUCAAAAUCUCUGUUGAAAAUGGAGAGUAUCAUAUCUAUGCCUCCCCACAUCGCGAUGAUGAUCGGCCGAUUCGAGGACCCAGGUCGUACGAAGAGGAUGAUAGGCGCCACUUUGACGACAGACAUCCGUACGACCACGAUGAUUAUAAACGCCAACCAAGGAACAGUAAUGACGAAUUUAAGCCAAAGAGAAAAGAUUAUGAUCAAGAUUUCGUUCGAGGUCGUGGCUUCGAGCAGGAACCAAGACGAAGAACAGAGUUCGAUGAAUUUCGAGGAAGGGAUUCACGCAUGACCGAUGCUGAAUGGGUGCUGGUUAAAAGAAGGUAG